AUGAUUGAUUCCGCAUUGAGUAGCAGCGGCCGUAAUUCCUCUAGCAACAAUGAAAUUGGAACUAAGCAAAAUAAUGAAACUAUUCAGUGUGAACCGCAAAAAAUUUUUCCAUUAGCGGAUGAAAAAAUUGAGGAUUUGAUUUAUCCAAUCAUAACUUAUCACUAUUCCGUAAGUAAAGAUGCACGAUACGUAUACGUGAUCGGUGAAGAUCCAACGGAAUUACAAACUCAACUAUUUGUAUGGGAUUUACAUCGAGGAAUCGCACGACGUUACAUAGUGAUUAAUCUACCACCUACAUUACAGAUGAAACAUCUGUAUGAGAUUGAUUCUUUAGAAGGAAUAUUGGUGUGUUGUAAUUCCGGAUGCUUCCAUAUUUAUGCAAUACAAUUCGAUCACUCGCAGGAAUUAAUUCGAAUUCAAAAAAUACUCUUUAAUGAUUUAACCAAUAAUUCACAUUUUUGGAGUUCUGCAAGAGCUUCCGAACGAGGCAUCAUUUUCAUGUCCCAGCAUGAUCAAAUACGAAAUUUCUAUGUUGCGCAAAUUAAUUUGGAUACACCAGUACGAUCCGUUUUCCUUACUGCAAACAUAUCUGGCCUACGUUUUUGUGGUCAACCUUGGGUUGAUGGAAAUUACAUGUAUUUAUUUGAAAGUUCCUCAAUAACUACCCAUGCGGAAAUAAAAUGUUUAACAGGUCGUUUAGUUCGGGCUAAUUUACAUACUGGUGAAUUGGAAAUUGUACGUACAAAAGCAACAGGUAUUAUUGGAAAUAGUUUACCAGCUAUUCAACAACAACAACAACAACAACAACAGCAAGUAGAACAACAAGCAGCACAAGAAUUUUCGCAGGAUGCAAUAUUACAAUUAAGUAUCACUACACUUAUUAGACGUGUAAAACACGUGGGACGAGAUGGAUGGUUAUGGAUAAUAGCGGAAUUCAUUGAACCACACAACACUCUUAAUCAGGAUACUACUCAUUGUGAGAUAUGUGUUGUGAAAAUGCAAACAUUUACAUGGCAUCGUUUAAAUUGGCUUCCAGAAUGUAAAUUUGACGAAUUAACAUUGGACGUUACCUGUAACGGUACUGUAGUUAUGUUACGGAAAAAAGUGCUACAAAUGGUUAAUCAGGCACAAAUUGAUUCAUUUCUAUUGCUUCCCAGAAAUCCGGAAACAUUGCUAAAGCAAAGCUUUCGUGCUUUAAUUACUUACUUUCCAACAUGGAGAAAUUUGAACUGGAAACAAAUGCAUUCAUUUGGCAUACCAGCUCAUUUGCUUGUCCCUUGA